CCAAAUAACUUCACGACCGUCUGACCUGGUGACUACGCGCACGCAGCCGCCCUUAGCUAUUUUGCACCAGCUUGAGCGACAUGCCGAUGCCGUCGCCACCCCUGCCGAGGUGGGCACCGCCGGGCCUUGAGCUUGAGCCAGGCGCCGACGAGCGCGCGGCGGCGGCUGAGGUCGGCGGGCCGGGCGGCGGCCUGGAGGCGGCCCCGAGCGCCCGGCGGAAGAAGCGAGGGCUGCUGCAGCGCCUGAUUGACAAGUGGCGGGUGCGUGUGGACCCGGAGCUGCUGGCUCAGGCCGAGGCGGAGGCGGCCGCACACACCGCUCGCCAGCAGCAGCAGCACCAGCAGCAGCAUCAAAGGGUGCAGCCGCAGCAGCCAGUGCCGCUGCAGCCAGCGCUGCAGCCGCAGCAGCGGCCAACCCCCGGUCUCCGAGGCCCACCGCCGCCGCCUGCCGACCUCGCGCCCGCAAGCCCACAGACAACAGCAGGCCCCGCCCCGCCGCCCCAGCACCAGAACCAGCACCAACAGCCAGACCCUGCUGCUACUGCUACUGCCGCCGCCGCCGCCUACCCACGAGUGGACCCGGCGGCCUGGCAGCCGCUGGAGAGCCACGUGGUGGACGCACGCCGGGCCGCGAAGGCGGCGGCGGCGGCAGCGGCGGCGGCGGCGGCGGCGACGGCGGCGACGGCGGCGGCGGCAGGUGCAGGCGGGGCGGCGGCGCCGGUAGCCGGGAAGGCACUGGCGGCCGCCAAGAUUCCGGCCGGGCCGGGGGCCCUUGCUAGCGGCGGCGGCGGCGGAACUGGUAGCAACCGCACCACAGCAGCAGCUGCAACAGCGGACGCAGUUGUGGGGGAGCCGGCAGGUGCUGCAGGUGCUGCAGGUGCUGCAGGUGCGGGCGCGGGCGGACGUCACCACGGCCUGCGGGCUCACGACCAGGCCGGAGGGGAUGCCGAGUCGCGGCGAGAGUGGCGGGAGCUGAGGCAGCAGGAGGAUUGGCAGCGGCAGGGGCGGCAGGAAGAGAAGGAACGAGCGGAGCACCAGGAGGAGGAGCAGGAGCGAGCGGAGGAGGCGGAGGCAGAGGCGGGGGCCAUGCUAGGUGCGCAGCAGUGGCAACCGCGGCAGCGAAGCUCCCGUCGGCGGUCGAGUGCGGCGGGGUGCUUGGAAGAAGUGGAGGAGGAAGAGGAGGAGGUGUGGGGGUCCGAGCCGCUGCCUGCCAGUGCCGGUGCCGGUGCUGGCAGCUCCGCCCAGCACAUCCACCACCAUCACCACCACCUGCACCACCACUACGACGCAGGUGGCGGCGGCGCCCCGCUGCUGCUGCCCACGGCCCCCCACCCGGGUGGCGAGCACCCGCACCCGCACCCGCACCCGCACCCGCUCCCACAGCUACAACACCAAACGCAGCCUGCGCCGCCGCUGCCGGCGCCGCCGCCACGGGCACACCGCUACUUUGCAUCGCCGCAGCCGGCCCACCGCCUGAUUCCUCAGCUGCACCAGGCGGUGCCGGCCCGGUCCGUGGGGGCUCCCGACGCCGCAGCCGCCCCCGGCCGCCCCUCCCUGCACGAGCUCGAGUACCACUCCGCCGGCCAGCAGCUGCUGCCGCCGUCACUGGCCGCAGCCCAGCUGACCAGCGCGCGCAGCACCGCGGGCGGCGCGCACUCAGGCAGCCACAGCCAGAGCUGCAGCCAGGGUCACAGCCGGCCUAAGUCCCGGGCCUCGUCGCGGCCUGCUGCGGGACAGCCGCCCGUCCUCCCGCUGCCCGGCAGUAGCGCUGCUGCGUCUCAAAAUCACCAGCAGAUACAGCCGCAGCCGCAGCCGCAGCCGCAGCCGCAGCUACAGCCGCAGCUGCGGGCCGGCAGUAGCUCCCGCCGGACCACUGACUUUGUGCCCAUGGUGCCAGCUGCCCGCACCGGCAGCAGCGGCGCCGGCGGCCCGGCGGGCGGGGGCGGAGGCGGCGCUGUGCUGCUCGUGCCUCACGGGGGCUCCCAAAUGUCCCCUUUUGGCACGUUGGGUGCGGGUAGCGGUGAGGGCCCCCAUCACUACUGGCACGCGGCGCACCGCCCCACGCCGUCGUUCCCCUCCCCCGCGAGUACUGCGUCGCGCCAGUCGCAGCGCCAGCAGCAUCCAGCGCCGAACCACAACCACCACCCCCACAGCCCCCACCAGACACACGAGGUCUACCGCCAGCACCCGCCGCCCCCCCAGACCCAGCCUGCGCCCCAGUCGGCUCAGCAGCAGCCUGCCAGCACGCUGCCUGGGCCCGCCGGCAGCAGCGGGGUCAGCACCGGCAGCGGCGGCCCCCACCACCACCCGCAGCCGCAGCAGCCGCCGCCCCUGCGGCACCACAGCUCCCUGCGCGCGGAGGGCCCGCUGCAGUUUGAGGCCGUGGCGCCGCCCGCACCCGAGCGCACCACCCUGCCAGUGCCGCCCCAUCAGCAUCACGAGCUAUACCAGCAGCACCACCAGCAGCAGCAGCAGCCGCACCAGCAGGCGCAUCCACAGCAGCAGGCACACGACGGCCGGCAGCGGCGGCCGAGGCAGCAGCCGGGCGCUGCUGCACCUGGUGCGGCUCGCGACAAUGAUUGGGAUGGGCGCGAUCCCGGGGCGCCGGCGCCGGCGCUGUUGGACGCGUGGGGCAGUGCCGGCGGCGGCGGCGGCGGCGGCGGCGGUGCCAAUGUCGGCGAGCUGCACCGCGCGCUGCGGGCGGCGCCCCUGGCAGCUGCCGUGGGUGUGGACUGGAGUACUGGCGUCGGCGGCGGCGAUGGCGUCGGCGGCGGCGUUGAUGAUACCGGUGCCGUGUACAGCCCUGAUCAGGGGCAGCAACAACAGCUGCAACUGCAGCAACAACUGCACUCAGGGCCGCCGGCAGGAGCAGCAGCCGCGCCGGCUGGUGCGGGCCCUGUGCGGCCGCCGGCGGGUGUGCACACGGCCGCCUGGGUGUCGCCGCCAGCACACAUGGCACACACGGAUGAAGACAUCAGCUCCGGCAGUAGCUCGGCAACGGGCGGGCUAGCAGCAGCAGCAGGGGGAGCAGGAGGCACAGCAGGAGGGCGGCGGGGCAUUGACGCGGGCGAUGCGGAGCGGCGAGCAGCCUUCACUGUGCUGGCAUCGGGCCUGCAGGUGCGCACCGCUGAUGAGGCAGCAGCCGAGGAGGGGCUGCUGGGGGUGGCAGCCGAGGAGGGGCUGCUGGGGGAGGCGGGCGAGGAGGGGCUGCUGGUGCGGACGUCGGAGGUGGCGGCGGCGGCGGAGGGACUGCUGCGGGAGGCGGAGGCGGAGGAGGAGGACAGGGGCUCUGCGGAGGAGGGGGAGGAGCUGUUUGGUGGUGCCGAGGAGGCGGCGGCUGCGCGUGUGGGGCCGGCCGCCGCCGGCACAGCCGUGCCCGGUCUCAGCGGCAGCGGUGGUGAGGAUUGUCAGGAGGCCGCAGCCGCGCCAGCUGGAGCACCGGUGCAGGGGCCGGGGUCGGCGGACCUGUCCGCCGCGGACUUUCAGUAUCAGGGGCUGGACGAGGGGGCUGAUGAGGAAACAGCAGCGGCAGUGGCGGCUGCGGCUGCGGAGGGAGCGCCUGAGGAGCAUGUGAGCAGCCAGUCCGCCGGCCGUGGUGGCAGCGCGUUGCUGCGUUCGCCCGCUGCAGCGCGCGCCCGCCUGCAGCUGCGGCCUCCUGCAGCAGGUGCAGGGGCCGCCGGUGCGGACUGGCAGGAGGGCCGGUCGCCGCGCGAGGGCUCAUCCGUCAUCCUGUCCGCCGACAGCCACUCCGCAGGCCCACGCCCUCUCUGGCGGCCGCAGCUGCAGCACCCACAGCACCCACAGCACAUGCCACCAGCCGCCGGCUCAGCAGCGCCGCCGCCGCCGCCGUCGCCAGUGGUCAGCGGCGGCGUGUGGACCGCCAGUGCUCCGCCCUCGGCGCAGCUGUCACGCGAGUCCUCAGGCGCAGGCGGCGUGGGGACCGCAGGCACAGGCACAGGCGCAGGCGCAGGCGCAGGCGCAGGUGCGGGCGCGGGCGCGGGAGCUUCACUGCCGCUGCACGGCGGCGGCGGCGGCGGCGGCAGCGUCCGGGCGCGGCAGCCGGCAGCGACGCAGGCGCGCGCCGGACCGGUGUGGGCCCAGUCGGAGUUGUACCGACUCACGGCGCCCCACCCGCCGCCGCCACCGCUCGCAGGCGCGCCUGCUGCGCCAGGUCAGCAACAGCAUGGGCAUGGGCGUGGGCAUAGACACGAGCAUCAGCAGCGGCAGCGGCAGCAAAUGCGCGGUGCCGCCGGUGCUCACAUGCCUGCACAGGCUCCUCCGCCGCCCCCGACACACACGGCUGACACGCACCACGGCGCACGUGCCGCUGCCGCCGUCGAUGCCAGAGGGCUAGAGGCACCUCCAGAGGAAGAGGCAGUGGACCGCCAUGACACCAGCAGCAGCCGCGGCCUGCAGGUCGCUCGCUGGCAGCCGCCGUCGCCCGUGCCGCCGGUGUCGCCCCCAAACGCCGACGCCUCGACACGGCCGCUGCAGCCGCCACAGCACACGCCGACAGCAGGGCACCCUGUGGCGACCGAUGCUGCGGAGGCCGCCACACAGACCUCACCCACCAGCAGCGCCGCAGUGGCAGUAGCAGUGCCGCCGCCGGCACAGCUGCUACAGCCGCCACCUGCUGCUACAGCUGCUGUGACUGCCGGAGCGCACCGGGGCCAGCAACCCCAGCCCCAGCAGCAGCAGCAGCCCCAGCAGCAGGGUAUGGCUGGCGCAGCGCAGCGUCGGCUGCAGGCGGCAGCUGCCGCGGGCACCGGCACCGGCACCAGCACCACCAGCACCACAGCCGCGGGUGGCGGUGACGCCGCAGCCCGGCGGCACGCCAGCGUCCCCUCCUCCACCGCCGCCACCGCUGGCACCUCUACCCGCACCCCUCCAACCGUUGCUGGCAGCAGUGCGGGUGCGGGUUCUGCUGCAGGCACUGCUGGUGCACGGCCGGCGGGUGCGGGCACGGAGGGGGUUGUGGGGGUGGUGGGCGGCCUGGCGGGCCGUGCCGCCAUCAUGCGCCAGCUGGACGAGCUGCUGACGGGCAUCGCCGCCGAGCUGCGGCAGCUGGAGGCGGCGGAGCAGCACUGCGACGUCAGGCUCCGGCUGAUUCAGUCGCUGCUGGAGACCGCCGCUCUCCCCGGGCCUCUGCUGUCCCCCGGUGGGGGUGGCGGGGGUGGCGGCGCUGCAAGUGCCGCACUCGACACGGGUGGAGUGCUGGGCGACGGCGGCAUUGGCAUGGGCGGCAUCGGCCUUGGCCUUGGCGGCGGUGGCGGCAGCGGCGGCAGCGGCGGGGGGGCGCUGGAGGCCCGACUGCUGGAGGAGCGGCAGGCGCUGUUGCACCAGAUGGAGCUGCUGGCUCAGCGCACGCAGCUGUUGCGGUACGCGGAGGCGGAGUGGGGCAAGGCGCGCGCCGUCAUGACAGGCGUGCGCGUGUCGCGGCGCCAGGCGGGUCCGCUGCAGGCCAUCCUGUUCUCAGACACCCUGUCCCGCAUUCGGGCCUUCCAGCGGGCGCAGCAGGAUGACAUGAGCCUGCUAGAGCCGGAGGAGCAGCAGGCGCAGCUCAUGGGCCACGCCGCUGCCGCAGCCGCAGCCGCCGCACGCCGUGAGCCCGCCGGCCGGAUGUCGGGCGGGCGGCCAGUCGCUCACUCCGGCAGGUCGCCGCCAGGGCGCCACCCGGGGGCCGCGGGCGGCGGCAGCGCUCGGGGCUCUGCGGCUGCAGCGGCAGCUGCGCCUGAUGCUGCCGAGCGGGUGGCGGCGCGGCGGCGGCGGCUGCCUGCCAUCAUGGAGCACCACAACCACGAGGUGGCGGUGGCAGCCGGCAAUGGCGGCGGCGGCGGCAAUGGCGGCGGCAAUGGCGGCGGCGGCGCUGAUGCCGCAGUGAGGCAGGCGGCGGCUCCACCUCGGCGGCGGCCGCAGCCGCAGCUGCCGGCGGCGCAGCUGCACGAGCAGGAGCAGGAGCAGGGGGAGGGGGAAGAGGACGAGGACAGCUGGCAGCAGCAGCAACAGCAGCGGCGACAGCAGCAAGAGCUGGAUCAGCUCUACCCGUACGGUCCCGAGCACGAGCAACAGCACCCUGCCGCACAGCACCCGCGGCAGCAGCGGCAGCAGCAGUACGUAGAGCAGGCUCACGAGCAGGGGCAGGGCUAUGUGGGCGAGGGCAGUGAGGGGCAGCGUGUGGUUGGUGGGGAGGAACCGGAGGACGGGGAGGAGGAGGAGGAGGACCAGGAGGAAUAUGACGAGGACAGGGAGCAGCAGGAGGACGAGGAGGAGGAGGGGGAGGAGGAGGAGGAAGCUGCCAUGUACGACUACCUGGAGCAACACCUGUCAGGGGCAGGCUUUGUGGCCGAGCAGCCCCAGCCACAGCGGCGGGAGGGGCGGGAGCAGCGGGGCACACGCGGGCUGCCGCUGCGCCUGUACGACAACGGCCUGUUCAGUCAAGGAAUGCCCGAACAGGGGCCCACACAGCGGCCCAGGCAUGGGCAGAAGCCGGCGGCGGGGCCUGUGGCGGGGUGGCCCAGGCCUGGCGGAGCCCACGGCGCAGAGGAUCAAAAGCUGUUGGAGCAGGAGCAGCAGGAGGAACAAGAUGAGGCGCUGGACGAGGAUGAGGAGGAAGACGAUGACCCCAUGGAGUCGGAGCUGCAGUCCGCCUUCCUCACCUCCUGCCUCACCUACGCCCGCAACAGCCUAGACGUGGGCUCAGCUACAGCCGCCACCGCCGCCACUACAGCCGCCACCGCUGCCACCACAGCCGCCAGCAUCACGCCGCGCCAGGGCCUGCUCAUCUCUCAGGCGAGGAUGGCAGCGCACCAGCGGCGGUGGCAGCAGCAGUCUGCUACCACCGCAACAGGCGGCAGUAGCAAGGAGGUCGCGGGCGGUGCUACAGCCGGCGGCUGGGCGGCGGCGCACGGCGGCGCUGCUGGCGGCGGGCAGCUGGACACGGGGCCUGACGGCUACAGCUACCUGCAGGAUUUGGACGUGCGACCCAUGGGGCGGCGUGGGGCCGUGCAGACACUGGGCAGUGAGGCGAAGCAGGGCGGCGGCGGCGGCGGCGUGCCGGCGUACGGCGGCCGUGGUGGCGGCGCCAGCAGCAGGCGGCUGGCAGAGGGCGGGGCGGGCGUAGCAGGCACCGCGGGCGGCGGCAGUGGAGCCAGGGCCGUCAGUGGCUGGAGGAUGGGCGAGGGGCAGAGCCUGGCACUGCGCAGCGGCGGCGGCGGCGGCGGCAGUGUGGGUGCUGCUCCCGUGCCUGCUGCCGCUGCGGGCAGCAGCGGCGCCGCCGGCGGGUGGCACGCGCACAGCUACGGUGGCGGUCGUGCUGCCGGCAUCGCUGCCAGCAGGGCUGUUGGCGGCGGCACAAAGGCCGCAGUGGCGCCUGCUGCCCCUGCUGCCGCCGCCGCCGCCGCCGCCGCCGCCAGCACGACCUACCGCAUCGGCGCCGGGCCCACACCGCACCAGGAGUCUCUGUACCGGCAGGCGCAGACCCGCUACUGCUCGCCGCCCCCGCUGCCUCGCUACCCAGGGGAGGAUGAGGAGGAGGCGUGGCAGCGGCAGCACCCGCUGGGGCAGGCACGCGGCUCGAAGCCACGUCCUCAGCCGCAGCCACAGCCGCACCUGCAGCUGCCACAGGGCGCGCUGCCGCGGCCGCGCUCGCGCGUUCCUGCCGCCUCUGCGGUGGCGGCGGAAGCUGUUGGCGCAGCGCCCUUCGUGCCACCCGCCGGGUACCAGCGCUACCAGGAGCCGGAGCAGCAGCACGGGGUGGCUGGAGGUGGCGGUGGUGGCGGUGGCGUGGGCGGGGCUGCUGGCGGGGCUGGUGGCGGGGGUGGACGGACGAGCGGACGUGAGCGGGUGCGGGAGAGCAGUACGGCGGUUCGGGCGUGGCUGCAGGGCCAGCCCUGAAGCGAUACGACGCAGGCAGGUUGUUGAUGGGCUUUUAGAUUUGUUUGCUGUUGAUCAUCUUUACGGCCUGUGCGCAUGAUGAAGUGUGCAUUGGCUUUGCUUGUGCCUCCAAGACACGACAGCCCCGACUUAGAAGUUGUUUACCUUGCCCCGGCCCGAGACGAGGACUAGCGCCCGGCACCGAGCACUGAGCACGUGGCUGCUACACGGGCUCGCGU